AUGGGAGUCCCAGCACUAUUUAGAUGGCUUGCUGGUAAAUAUCCGAAAAUCGUCGAGAAAGUAAUCGAAGAGCAACCGGUAGAAAUUCAUGGCGUCGAGAUACCUCCGAAUAUCUCAAAGCCAAAUCCUAACGGAGUAGAGUUUGAUAAUUUAUAUUUAGAUAUGAAUGGUAUUAUCCAUCCUUGCUGUCACCCAGAAGAUAAGGCAGCACCUACUACAGAAGAUGAAAUGAUAAUUGAGGUUUUUAAAUAUACCGAGCGGAUUAUAAAUAUGGUUCGACCACGGAAAAUCUUAUAUUUGGCUAUAGAUGGUGUGGCACCUCGUGCAAAGAUGAAUCAACAGCGUUCUCGACGCUUUAGAACUGCAAAAGAAUCUAAAGAAAAACAUGAAGAUGAAACAAAACUAGUAUCUGAGCUUGAAGCUGCUGGAAAAAUUGACACUUUCGUGGAAGUAAAAAAAGAAUGGGACAGUAAUUGUAUUACUCCAGGAACUCCUUUUAUGGCACAUCUUGCUACAUGUUUACGGUAUUGGUUAGCAAACAAGUUGAAUACAGAUCCUGGAUGGAAAAAUUUAAAAGCAAUUCUAUCUGAUGCUAAUGUACCUGGUGAAGGCGAACAUAAAAUAAUGGAAUUUAUUCGUUCACAACGUGCCAGUCCCGAUCAUGAUCCCAAUACUCGUCAUGUUAUUUAUGGUUUGGAUGCAGAUUUGAUCAUGUUGUCAUUGGGCACCCAUGAACCUCAUUUUAAAGUGUUACGUGAAGAUGUUUUCUUCAAAGAAGGACUCAUCAAAGGAUGUUUCAUUUGUGGCCAAUUAGGACAUCAAGCUGUUCAAUGUACAGGAAAAGUCAAAGAGAAACAGGGUGAUUUUGACGAGAAAGCAAAACCCAUCGGCCUCAAACCAUAUGUUUUCUUAGAUGUUCAAAUUCUCCGAGAAUAUUUGGAGAUAGAACUUGAAGUGCCAUCACUUCCUUUCAAACCUGAUUUUGAGAGGACCAUAGACGAUUGGGUGUUCUUGUGUUUCUUUGUUGGCAAUGAUUUCCUUCCUCAUUUACCUUCGCUAGAGAUUAGGGAAGGAGCUAUCGAUACGUUGACUUCGAUAUGGAAAAAAGUGCUUCCGGAAAUGGGUGGUUAUUUGACGAAGAACGGAGAAGUUAAUUUAGAAAGAGCCCAGGUCCUUAUUACACAUCUCGGAUAUAGAGAGGAUCAAAUAUUCCAUGAGAGGCAUGAGAGAGAAGAAAGGCGUGAACAUGCCAAUAAGAGGCGGAAAACUCAAGAAGCGGCCGCCAAGAAUAUUUAUGGACCUCCUGAAGUGGUUCACUCUACUAAAAAAAUAUCCUUUGAAUGUUCAAAAGCGAUUAGUUUAUCAUUUAUCGCACAAUUGCCAGAAUUUAAAUUUUUCAUAAUCUUUAACUUUGAAUACAAUGCAUCUAUGACUCCGUCUGUUCCAAUUGGGAUUCCGAUAUUACCUGUCAAAGGAGUAGACCCGAAUCUCCGUGCACAAACAAAUUCGGACAUUGUUGCCAAUAGGGCGGCUAUACGAAUUGCAAAUAUUCAGGCUGCUGAAUCACUAAAGGCCGAGUUAAAGGGUCAUAAACGAAAGGCUGAUGAAAUGGAAGAGGAGGAAAAAGAGGAAAAAAAGGAGGAAAAAGAGGAGGAAAAAGCGAGUGCAACACAAAAUGAGAUAGAUGCACAAGAUGAAAUCACAGACUCUAUUAGGUUAUGGGAAUCUGGAUAUAAAGAGCGUUAUUAUAAGCUCAAGUUCGGCGUGGAAUUGAGUGAUGUCGAAUUUCGAAAACAAUUGGUUAAGUCUUAUGUCGAAGGACUUUGUUGGGGUGUUCCUUCUUGGAAAUGGUAUUAUCCAUAUCAUUAUGCACCAUUCGCUUCGGACUUUGUAAAUAUUAAAGACAUUAAACUAAGCUUUGAAUUGGGGCAACCAUUCAAGCCAUUCGAACAACUCAUGGGAGUAUUACCAGCUGCAAGUAAAGUGCAUUUACCUGGACCACUGGGUGAUCUAAUGGUCAGUGAAGAAAGCGAAAUCAAAGAUUUCUACCCCGAGGACUUUGAAAUCGACUUGAAUGGCAAAAAGUUUGCAUGGCAAGGCGUGGCGCUCUUGCCGUUCAUUGACGAAGAACGUCUUCUUGCGGCAUUAGAAAAGGUAUACCCUCAAUUGACAGAGGAAGAAACAAUUAGAAACUCGAUAGGAAAUGAAGUUCUAUGUUUUGGAUACCAACAUAAAUUAUAUGAGGAGCUAUGUCUAUUAUACGGGAAGAGGAAAAUAGAAGAGCCGGUACCGCUGAAUCCCAAUCUCAGUGACAAACUAAUCGGGUUCGCAUCGAAAGAUCCUAAUUUUAUACCGGGAAGCACGCUAUAUUCACCACUAAUAGGUCGCGAUGAGCCAGAUAUAGUCAACAAUAAGUCACUAAGUGUUAUAUAUCAUCUUCCGCCAAGAAAUGGACCACAAAAAUCAGUAUUGUUAAAAAAUGUAAAGUUUUCUGGUCGUGUAUUGAGUUUUGAAGAUUUUGAAUUUGUGAGAAGAGGUAAUAGAAGAGGUGGCGGUGGUGGCAGAGGAGAAGAAAGAUAUCAAAACAAUUCACACCAACGGUAUUCACAGCAAUACCAACAGCAACACUCGCAACAAUACUCGCAACAAUACUCGCAGCAAUACUCGCAACAAUAUCCACAGCAAUACUCGCAGCAACAUUAUCAACAAUCUUCGUCUCGUCAUUCAUAUUCUCAUCAGUAUUCACAACAGCAACAUCAACAAGCUUCUCGUCAUCAUAAUUAUCCUUACCCGCCUCCACAUCACCAGCAUUCACGGCAGCAACAACAGCAAUAUCACCAAAAAUCUUCUCAGUAUCCUUAUCCUCAACAAAAAGAUCCGUGGAAAUAA